UACAAUAGUUGAAGUAGACGAUAUAUUGAUAACAUUAGUCUGAAUAAGUGACUGAAUUAUAAUAAAAAUGUAAAUGCAAUUUAUCGCCAUUGCUUUAAUAUAACAAUACUGGUGUCUCACUAAACUGAAUUUCUGAUGGAUUUAACCAUACUGUAUAUCUAGGUUCUAUUGGAUUUAAUUAAAAAUAUUCUGUUGAAAUCUAAUCUGUUAAAUUUAAGAAAUUAAACAGCUAGAUCUAUCUAAUUUGAAGGACAUAUUCUAAACUUAUACAAAAUAUUGUUAAUUAUAAACAUGUCAGGCAUUGAAGUGGUGGAUGAGGGCGGAGAGAAGGUCCAACUCGUUGAUGUAGACGGUUACAGGGUGUGUAACUUUGAGAGAGACCCCAAUGAAGUGGCGGAGUUAGUUCGAGGUUUAAAGGACCGUAGGUGUAGGCCCGAUGACGUGUUUUUACUGACCCCGCCUAAAUCGGGAACUCACUGGGUGUGGGAAAUCACGUGCAUGUUAAUCCAGGGACGGGCAGACACAAUACCGAAAAGUAAAUCCAAAAACAUGCUCGAGCACCAGACUGCUGAAUUUUUGGAGAAAGUUGAGUCCCCAAGAGUUCUUAAUUCCCAUCUUAAUAUAAAGCACUUACCGAAACAGAUUUUUGAGGAUAAACUGAAGACAAUACUCGUGUUACGAAAUCCGAAAGACUUGGUGGUAUCAUUCUACCACCAUACCAAAGGAAUAAAGUGUUACGGAUAUAACGGAAAAUGGGAACACUUCUUCAAAUUAUUUUUAAAUAAUGAACUGGAUUAUGGUUCCUGGUUUAAAUAUGUAAAAGAAUGGGAGACGUAUAUCCUAGAACACUCCGAUCACCAUAUACAUGUGAUAUUUUAUGAAGAACUACACAAAAACAACGUAGAAGAAAUAAAACGAUUGGCGAAAUUUUUGGGGCUCGACCCAAGUGAAGAACUUGUGCAGGCUAUUUCUGAGAAAUGUCAGUUUCAUAAUAUGUAUAAAGAUAAAAUGCACCCGGACAGCGUUCGUAGAGAGAUAUACAACGGGGAUUACACAUUGUACCGAAAAGGAAAAGUUGGCGAUUGGAAAAAUUGGUUUACAGUGGCACAGAAUGAGGAAUUUGACAAACAUUAUUUGAAAUUUGCUGCUAGUUGUGGAAUGCGGUUUCAAUUUACGUGACUGUAAUGUGCGAGUUAAAAAGAUGUGUUAAGAUUAUAUAAGAUAAUCAACUGUUGAUCAAUCACCAUUUGCAAACUAGUAUUCAAUCCGUCAGUUAAAAUACAUGUAAAAGAGGAAAAUAUGCUCAUUUAUCAAUGAAUGUAUGUCAUUUCUAUAUGCAAUGCAUUGUUAAUAAGAUUUUUUUUAUUUCUCACAUACGUUUCAUUUAUUCCUAUAUGAAAAUUGUAUUUAUAUAUAGACAAUGUAUUGAUUGAUUUUUACUUGAAUUAUAACUUGAAUUUCA